GAGAGCGUCAUAGACUCCUGUUGUCCUAUCGCCUCCUUCGAGCCUGCCUUCGUCACCGCGCGGAAAUUGACGCAGCUAUGGAUCUGGUGAAGCGCGAGCUCCAGAAGAAGCGGCAGAUGCUGCAAGCCGACUUCGGUGGCAGGAAGCUCCUCCGGCGAUCCGAGAUUGAGCAGAAGGAGAUCCAGAGGUUACGCCGGCAAGAGCAACGCCACCUCCAAUCCAAAUCUCACAACAGCAUCCCCACCUCCUCCUACGAAAAACCCUCCAAAUUCCUUCUAAGCGAACGCGGGAACGACGACGCGGCGGCGGGACUCCCCCGCGACGAGGUGGUUCGCCGCCUCCGGAUCCUGAAGCAGCCCGCCACGCUGUUUGGGGAGGACGAUGCCGCCCGCUUCCGUCGCCUACAGGCGGUCAUCGAGUCCGGCCCCAUCGAGGUCGAGGAGGAGAUAGCGGACGGCCAGACCAACGACUUCCUCAGAGACAUAUACGAGCUUCGGCGGCGCCAGAGGCCGGGGAUCCUCCCGGAGAGGGCGUUGGCCAAGAGGGAGGGCGCCGCCGACGGGGUUGAGAAGAACGUGGCCGCUGGCAAUGGCCAGGGCGAUGGCGAACUCGGCGCGGAAGCGGAGGGUGAGGAGGUCGAUACGGAUUUGAAGAGGCUGAAGGGUGAUUUUGAGGAGUUGUGCGACGAGGACAAGAUUCUUGUGUUCUUCAGCAAGCUGUUGAGUGAAUGGGGCCAGGAGGUGGAAGAAAUGCCGGAGGCGGAAAAGCGGACUGCCAAGGGCAAGUUCGUGGUGGCCACGUUCAAUCAAUGUGCGAGAUACUUGAAGCCAAUGUUCAGGAUGUGCGGGAAGAAGAUUCUCCCAGGUGACGUCCGCCAGGCCUUGGUUAAGGUUGUGCAACGCUGCAUGAAACGAGAUUAUCUAGCUGCGAUGGAUGAGUAUAUCAGGCUGGCCAUCAGUAAUGCACCGUGGCCUAUCGGUGUGACAAUGGUGGGAAUCCAUGAGAGUUCAGCCCAUGAGAAGAUCUGAACGAACAGCGUUGCCCACAUCAUGAACGACGAGACGACACGUAAGUAUUUGCAGUCGGUGAAGAGGCUUGUGACAUUUUGCCAGCGCCGGUACCCAACAGACCCCUCCAAAUCCGUAGAAUUCAAUAGCUUGGCAAGUGGAAGCGACCUACAGUCUCUUCUGGCAGAGGAAAGGGCAGCCAAUAAUGUACUCUCCAAAGAAGGACUCCAUCUAGUAUCAGCUGUUUAGUUCACUCGUUCUUGAAGCUGUUCACAAAUAGUAGCAUUUGAAUGCUGUGCUACGCCCCAAGGAUUUCAGCCAACAUUUGACAAAUUAUGAUUCAAGUGUUCAUAUUAGUUUGAUCUGAGUUUGAAGACUAUUUCGUGACUGUCAUCCACAUGACAAGCGUUUGAUUCUUGACUUC